AUGUCCAAGAGGAAAGCGGGAAAAGCAAAGGGGAGACCAAAGGAGUCCCCUGACGAUGGUCCCUUUGUACCCAUCAGACAUUAUUACCAUUCGCACAACUUUCUCAAGAUCAAGGACAAGGAGUGGGAACACAGCAGUGAUAGCGAUGACGAGGAACAAUCAUGGGAUCGCGCGGUGGCAGAAUCGGAGAUCAACGACUUUACAGAUCUGUCAGAAGGAGAAAAGCAACUACUGAUUCUGUGGAACAACUAUAUCAAAUCAGAUACCAAAAUUGCUAACAAGAAGAUUCCUCAACAUUGUGUCAACUUUAUAAAGAGCCACGCCAAAACGAUUCGAGACAGGGGGAUUGAUGAACAAUUGCAAUGGCAUCUGGUGACUCUCUGGGAUGAGGGGUUGAUAUCCAGUGAUCACCUGUCUUCCUGCCUCGAUUACUACUAUAGUCUUGUGGGGCCUCCGCAUGAACCAAAGAUGGGUUCCACAAGUAGCCAAGCCAUUGUGCUAGAUGAUGACUGAUUCAAUAAUAAGUUGAUGCAGUUAAAUGUGCAUGAUACGGCAUUUGCGUGUUGGGGUGAUGCAGGAGACACAACAUGUUGGUGUAUGAUUGUGCUAUGUAAGCUACUGCAGCUCCUUCAUGACUGUGAAUAGAAAAGUCUGUGUAGCAAGACCUGUCUUACAAUAAUAAUCAGAGGAAAUUUCCUUGCUGGAUAGAUCCUGAUUCUCACCAUCAGGAGCUACCAGCCUACACCAAGUGUCUAGAAAGAAAGUUGCCACUCAGCCUAUGCAUAGCUGCAUCUAUUCAUCAGCUUCUUUUGGUAGCUCGACAUCCCGAAGGAUAGGCUCAUUCAAGUAACACACCAUUCAUAGCUCAGCAUUAUUAAUAGCAGAUGCACAUCCCCUUUAUCAUAG